AAAAGUGCAUUAAUUGCGUAUCUCUAUCUAAGUUUUGACCAUAAAAGAACAAUUGGACCAUUCACUUCAUUUCUCUACUCGCUUCUCACCGUCGAUGGUAAAAAUAAAAUCAUCAACGAUUCCCGUGAUCCCCUCCACCGUUACAAUCGUGUGCCCCUACCUACACUACCCCCAAAUGCAAUUCAACUUUUUAAAGGCGCCAACACUUCAACCGAAUCAGUUUGUUCAGUUAAAGCUCUCUCUCUCUCUAUAUUGAGCCCUGUUCUUCCUCUUCGCAUGAAAACACGAUGCGAGAGAGAUCAUAAUCGAAGCCGAAACCAUUUUCCCAUCAUCAUAAUCAGCAGCAAUGUCUUUCGCUCUGAUCGAAGCCUGCAAGAAGCGUAAACGGUUGCCGAAGUUUUUCAGGUUCAACUCGUUCGGCGACCCUGGUGUUGUUCCAAUUGCACCUUCGGGUCCCUUUCGCGAUAACGUUCGCGUUUUCCUUCAAAAUGCUGGCGAACUCGAAGGUUACACUGUCUCCGGGAACCCCUUAUGGUGCAUCCUUCUCAUCCACGACAACUCAAACGCUAUGGCUCCUCUUUACACCAUCGAAGAACACGUCGACCACUCUUCCCACCCCUUCUGCGAUCACUGCCGCUGCGUAGGUUGGAGUGGACAUUUUGUACCAAAGAGAAGGUAUCAUUUUAUAAUCCCCAUGGACAAUGGGUGGCAUAAACCCUUAGAUGAAGAUUCAAUAGACAAUCAGAAGCAUCUGUUGCAUGGAGUGAUUCAUUGCAAUGGGUAUGGGCAUUUGCUUUGUGUCAAUGGCAUUGAAGGAGGCUCCAAGAUUCUUAGUGGCAGAGAGAUCAUCGAUCUUUGGGAUAGGAUAUGCACAAACCUCCGAGCGAGGAAAAUUGCUGUGGAAGAUGUUUCUUGUAAGAGGUCUAUGGAUCUUCGCUUACUUCAUGGAGUUGCUUAUGGACACUCCUGGUUUGGUAGGUGGGGUUAUAGGUUUUGCCGUGGAAGCUCUGGAGUGAGAGAGCGAGAAUACAAUGAAGCAAUGACAAUGCUUGGUUCCUUGGGGCUUGACAUGAUUGUAAAAGAUUUGAGCGAGACAAAGUACAAGACAGAAAUCCAGCAAAUUAUUCGGUGCUAUAGAGAUAUGAGUGAGACUCAUAUUAUCUCACUCAGGGAUCUUCUAAGGUUUAUGCUUACUGUCAAGUCUUCUCGUGCUCCUGUGCCUAAGAUAACAGACACUUAUUCUGCUGCUUCUGAUUCUACUUCUUCAGCGUUAACCUCAAGAAAUUCAACCAAACACACACUUCCAAACAGAUCAAAUUCCAUGAAGGAAAAAUCUGUGAGGUACAAGAAGUUCAGUAGUGCAGUGACUAACAUGGAUAGCAGAUGGCCCACAAGGAGACUAGAGUUUGCAGCUCAAGUGAUUGUGGAUGCACUGAAAGAGAACAAGACUGUGAAACUAGGCUCAGGUGGGAUGACAAGGCAAGAUGUGAGAGAUGCAGCUAGACUACACAUUGGGGACACAGGCUUACUUGACUAUGUGCUUAAGUCACUCAACAAUGUGAUUAUUGGAAACUACGUUGUUCGUCGCAUGGUGAAUCCAUCAACUAGAAUCCUAGAGUACACUAUUCAUGAUCUUGGCAAGGGGUCCAAAGCCCCUGAAGAGAACAAGCCUGAGGUGAUGGCUCAUGCAGAUCAACAAGCAGUAGAGUCAUCUUGGAUGCUUGGUAAUGAUGUGUACAGUGAUGCAUUGUUUUUGUACAAGAAUGUGCUAUUGGGUUACCCUGAUUCGGAAGCUGUUGACACAGCAGUUCAGACAAUUCUAGACAGCAGAUACUUUGUGAAGGAGUGGCCAGUGAGGGAUGAAAUGAAGGAGCAGGUAUUGACAUUCAUUUGCCGCUUGCAACCAAAUUUUGUGGACAAAAAACAUGAGCUGAAGGGUCUAGCAUGUGGUGAAGUUGUGGUGGUUCCACUGCAUGCAACAGUUGGGGACUUGAAGAGAGCUGCUGAGGCUGCUCUGAGGGACACUUACUGCAUUGCAGAGAGGCUUAUAGUGACAGACAUUAAGGAACUCAUGGAUGUGAGUGAUGAGGAAGUGUUGUUUGGACUAAUCCAAUCUGGUGUGGAACUUUGUGUGAGGGGAAUUGCUAUUGAUUUAUUGACCCCUUUGAAGUAUCAGGGUGAAUCUGAGUCUGCUGAUAACUGGAAGGUGAGGUGUGAGUGUGGAGCUCAAGAUGAUGAUGGGGAGAGAAUGGUGGCUUGUGACAUUUGUGAAGUGUGGCAGCACACUCGGUGCUAUGGCAUUGAUGAUUCUGAGACAGUGCCACCACUGUUUGUGUGCACUGGUUGCUGUGACUCAGUACUAGUACCUUCUUCAAGGACUGAAUCAGCAGCCUUUGGUGUGGAUUCUGCUGAUUCUUUUCUCCUUUCAGAAGACCCCACUACCCUUUUACUAGAUUACGAGUAUGGAUACUAAAAUGCUUGAAUAUACUGUGUUGU